AUGUUAUUCAAGCAUUUGAAAGCAUUACCAGCAUUCAGCGGCGAUCAAAACGAAGAUGCCGUUCAGUGGCUGAAAGACAUUACAGAUGGAUUGAAUUAUGCUGAAUUUACUGAUGAUCGCAAAACAUUUAUUAUAUCAGAGUAUGUAACAGGUGAUGCCAGAAUAUGGCUGUUCGGAAAUUUGUUCGUAUUGGAUUCAUGGCCAACAUUUAUUCAGGAAUUCAAAAAAGAGUUUGCGCCAACAUUACUGAAGGAAGAUGCUACGUCUCAAGUACACGAGUGUGUGUAUGGGUUAGACGAAACGAUGGUAUAUUAUGAUAAUGGUAUUAAAGAGGAACAAAAUUGUGAAUUAUUGGAAGAAAAAGAAGUACAUUUAGAUUAUCCCAACAUUAAAUUAGUUGAACUAAAUAAUAUUGUCUUACUCAAUACGUGCAUUGUGGAAAGUGAUGAAAACAAUUGUGAGAUGAUUUGGCCUGAUGGAUGCGAAACAUGGUUCAUUCAUGAUCAAUUGCCGCAGCGAUGUCAAUUUAUUCGAUCCGAGCAACCAGACGUACCCGUUAACUCAACUUCAAAUAUUAAUGAUACAUUUUCUCAAGAAAAUUUAUUGAAUUGUAUCAAUGUCUUAUCAUCGUCUGUUAUGAACGAUAAAUAUAUUUUUGCUAGUUACAAUAUUGAAGCAUUUGGUAAUCUAUUAAAAUUACAUGUAAUUUACAAUGACAUUAUCUCAUUUCUUCUGUUUCUUCGUAAAUUACGUCCUAUUAUAAACACUUGUCCUAGAAUCUUUACUGGUGAUACAGCAGGUUCAUAUUUCUACCACGAUGUUAUGCCGUAUGACACAGAAGAUCGCGACUGGUUCCGGCGCUUAGCUGUUCCAUAG